ACACCUUUCCCAGACAAACGGUUCUCCAGUUUCUUCUUUAAAAAAAAUCUCCAAAGUCGGGAGGAAAAAAAAAAAACCCGGACUAAAAUUACCCUGCAAUACCCCGCACGGCCAACAGGGGGCGGGACCUUCCUCGCAAAGCCUUUGGCGCCCUCUAGAGGCGGCCGGCGGCUUCGACCCGCCGCAGCAACAGCAGACUCAUCCUUCCUUUCCUCCCCCCCUCGCUUCCCGGCCUCUCGCGCAAGCGCAGUGCGGCCGGCGGCCGGCCGGCGCCUUGGCGACACACAUGCGCAGACAAUGGAGCGCCCUGUUGGGGGGGGAGGGGUCCGUCGACACCGCGCUGGCUUUUUUUUUUUCUUCUCUCUUCCUCUCUCAGGCCGGUAGCGCCAGAGACGGAGGAGCGCAGGCGCAGUCCGAGGUGGGUAGCAGCAUCUGACUGAUGUUUCCCGGAAAAGCUGGAUUUUUACGGGCUCUCCAAAAAUAUCAUCGUGAUCACCUAAGAGGAACUUUGGAAGAGGGAAGAGACACGCAGGAGCAUGGCGGCUUUGAACUGGAAGCCAUUUGUGUACGGAGGGCUGGCUUCAAUCACUGCAGAAUGUGGUACUUUCCCAAUCGAUCUGACGAAAACGCGGCUGCAGGUCCAAGGCCAGAAAAAUGAUGCCAAGCAUAAAGACAUCCGAUACCGUGGAAUGCUUCAUGCGCUAGUGAAAAUAUUCAGGGAAGAAGGCUUGAAGGCUUUAUAUUCUGGAAUUGCCCCGGCUAUGUUACGCCAGGCCUCUUACGGGACCAUAAAAAUAGGCACUUAUCAGAGCUUGAAAAGAAUAUUUAUUGAACGACCAGAAGACGAAACGCUGGCUGUCAACGUGUUGUGUGGAAUUCUGUCCGGAGUUGUUUCCUCUUCCAUUGCUAACCCCACUGAUGUGCUGAAGAUCAGGAUGCAAGCCCAAGGAAGUCUCAUCGAAGGUGGCAUGUUUGGGAAUUUCAUGAAUAUUUAUCAGAACGAAGGCACCCGAGGCUUGUGGAAGGGCGUCUCUCUUACCGCUCAGAGAGCCGCGGUGGUGGUUGGUGUGGAGCUGCCCAUCUAUGAUCUCACCAAGAAGCACAUAAUUCUCAGCGGGUUGAUGGGGGACACAGUCUACACUCACUUUCUAGCAAGUUUUACAUGCGGCUUGGCGGGAGCUUUGGCAUCCAACCCCAUCGAUGUUGUGAGGACGCGGAUGAUGAACCAAAGAACCUUACGAACGGGGCCCCAACAUGGUUACAAGGGGACUGUAGACUGCUUGCUUCAGACCUGGAAGAACGAAGGUUUUUUUGCAUUGUACAAAGGAUUCUGGCCGAACUGGUUAAGGCUUGGGCCUUGGAAUAUAAUUUUCUUUUUGACUUAUGAACAGCUGAAGAAAUUGGAUUUCUGACAGCCUGAAAACUGAAGAGGCCCUGUCUUCUGUUGGUGGUCUUAGCCCCUCAAGUGCUCUUUCGGGUACCCAAGCUUGCAGAAUUGGUGAAAUUAAAUUGUUUCAAAGAAAGUUGAAGCUCUCAAGCAUUACAGAACAGAGGAUAACUUGAGACUGAAACAGACCUUAGUACCAGUUCGGCAUUUCAUCUUUCAUAAAUGUUACAAACGUUUUACUGUUGACCCGUCUGAAUGGGAAGGAAGGAAUUUAAUAAUUAGGUGCAGGGUUUCUUUCAGCCUUCGUUCAUUUAAAAAUAAGCUCUUUUCCAACAGGUCAUGUGUUCACAACCUCAAGAAUCUGUAUUUUUUACCAAAGACUAGAUUGUGACUAUUUUAUAAAACAUCCUAUUUUAUGGAAUAGCAUUGCAUAAAUAAUGUGCGAAACAUUUAUUUGCAAAACAACAUUGAGCAUCCUUUUUCUCUUGAAACACCUCAGUGGCAUUUCUUUUUUUAAAAAAAAUUAGCAUUACAUUAAUGCUGAAUUAAAUUCACUACUGUGAGGUUUCAGCCGUGUCUUAAAAUAUUUUGGCCCUGUCUGAUGAUUUGAGUAGCCCUAAUCUCAAAUGUUUUUAUUUUAAAAAGAUUCCGUUGUGGGCAAUAGAUGAACUCUUUGCAUAAACAUUAGUUGAUGGUGCUUUCUGAGAAAGUAUUAAAUCGCUGCCCUUCUCAAAGUUUAGGACAAUAAUAAUAUUAAUCAGUACAAGUGAUAUUGAGAUUAUGAAGGCCCAUUCAUAUAUGCCAAAGGUAUCUUGAAUGCCUGCCUGAAUAGACCUAAUUUUUCUUCCAUUUUCCUGGAUUGUGUCCAGAAAAUCCAAUAACACCUUAAGCACAGACAAUUGUUAGUGGUUGUUAAGAAGAAAACACAAAAGUCUUCACUUCUCAAAGAUUGCUGCCUUGUAUAUAAGCAAAUCUUUCUCCCCCAAAAUAUUUAGAAAUAAAAUCGCCACGGUUGUGGGCCUACGUGGGACCACUGUUUGGGGGAAAGCUUCUGUCCAUCUCGGUUUCACCACAUGGAUACACGGAAUUGUUCCAACCAAAUAAUAAUUUUAUGUAUGUUUUCAGUUCUGCAUAAAAGUGAUUUUCAUAAUAGAAUCAUAUGAAAGUCGGAGAUGAUAAUUUGAGGUUCCUCCGUUUUGCUCCAAGAAAUUGUACAGUCAACUUAAGAUGUCAAACCAGGCCACCUUGACGAAAUAUAUGUAUAUAUAUUUAUAUUUGACACAGAAAGGACAGUGUGGUCUCUUUUUGGAAACAGCUUGAUUGAAAUCUGUAUGCUGACCAGGUUAUUGAAAGCAAAGAUUAAUAAUGUGCUUGUUACGUUACGUUUUUAGUUUCUGAAAGUAUCUUUGUAGAAUAUGAAUGUAAUAAUAGUUUGCAAGACGUAGAGACAAAACUUUAAGUAUUUAUAUGGAAGUGGCUGAAAUAAUUUGUAAAUUCCAGCAACACACAGUUUAAGGAAUGUUGGUUUUCUAUGCAAUGUUGAAGGUGCACAAGGCACAUAUAUAUAUAUUGACAAAAGUGUCUUCCAUUAUAGGAUUUUAAAGGUUAAAAUGACAGAUUUUGGUCACUUUAUUAAAUGUGUGUGUCAAAUGGGUACAAUAUUUUUGUUUGAAUUGCAGAACGUCAAGGUUUAAUCCAGGACGAUGGUCCAUGGAUUUUGAAUUCUAAGAUUCAGAUUUUACAUGGUUAAAAUGUUUUUUUUUUUUUGUAAAUUGUUCUGCAGUAUAUAUUGAGACAAAACUAGAACAGGUGUUUUUUUUUUUAAAAAAUAGAAAACAAAAGCUAGCUUUAUUACUAACAAACCUAUAUCGAAUUUAUAUUCCAUCUUCAAGGGCACAAACAGCUUGAAUGGAGUUGCAGAUGCACCUGUCCUUCGUUUUUGUUUUACCAGCAAAGAAAAAUGUCACAUUUUUAUUAAUAAUAGAUAUACAGUAGAAUGUCUGGUAGAAGUCACAUAUGUUACUUAGCUCUCCUUCUCUAGCAAACUUCCUUGAUGGCAGCUUGGUACGUCCAUACCAAAAUGUAAUCUGUAUUUUUGAAAAGAAAAAAAAAUCUUUUCCCCCUUUAUGUGUGUAGCAGGUUCAACUCUACUUUUCCACCCAGAUCACAAAGAAUGGUUUACUGGAGGGGUAUCCAAUUUUGGCAACUUGAAGACCUGUGGACUUC